CAACACAGAAUUCUCCUUGCAAGGGGAUAUAGUAACGUCUAUCAAGUACUUUCUUUUUUUCACGUUAAAGUUUUUUAAUUUCUCUCACAGAUUUAAGCCGGUAUUAGUUUAGCGAACAAAGUACUACUUUUACCUUGCCAUGAGGACAUACGUCGUGUUCGCCGCCAUCCUUCUCGCCGGUGCGAGGGCGCAGGAAAGUUUCAAAUGUCCAGACGAUUUCGGGUUUUAUCCCCAUCACCUUUCGUGUGACAAAUACUGGAAAUGUGAUAAUAAUGUAGCAGAGCUGAAAACUUGCGGCAAUGGUUUGGCAUUUGAUGCCUCCGAUGCGAAAUUCCUCACAGAAAAUUGCGAUUACUUGCACAAUGUCGACUGUGGAGAAAGGACGCAAUUGGAGCCAGCUAUCAGCACACCUCACUGUACCCGACUUUACGGUAUCUUCGCUGAUGAGAAGAAAUGUGACGUUUUCUGGAAUUGCUGGAACGGAGAAGCCUCCAGGUAUCAGUGCAGUCCUGGACUAGCCUAUGACAGAGAAGCUAGAGUCUGCAUGUGGGCUGAUCAAGUUCCAGAAUGCAGAAAUGAUGAGGUUGCUGGAGGAUUUACGUGUCCGGCUGCAGGAGAAGUGAGUGGAGCUUCUGGAAGCUUCUCGAGGCAUGCUCAUCCUGACGAUUGCAGAAAGUAUUACAUUUGUUUGGAAGGUAUUGCCCGAGAAUACGGUUGUCCAAUUGGCACCGUUUUCAAAAUUGGCGAUGCUGACGGUAGUGGAGCGUGUGAAGACCCCGAAGAUGUUCCCGGAUGUGAGGAUUACUAUGGUGACUUGGACCUGAAGAGCAUCAGGAAAAGCGAGCUGCUUGCUGGAAUUCAGGGCUCUGGUGAAACCAGGAACACUGGCAAGCCCCAAAGCAAGCCCAGGCCGACACCGGUUGCCGCGAGGCCCGUACCAUCCAAUCAAGAAUAAAUCUUUUUCGAAACUCGCUCUUUUGGCACUUCCAGUUAUCAUCUGUCGCCCGAGAGCCAAGAGUACUCUGUACCAAAAAUGGUACCAGUAGUCAGUGAGAAGCAGCGUGUGAGUGAGAGAAUAUGAGAUAAAGAGAAAAAAUGCGUGAGAGAGAAAGAGAGCGAGAGAGAGGGAGAGAGAAAGCGCAAACUAGAGAAAGAGUGCAAAGAAUGAGAGAGACUAUGAGAAACUAGAAAUAAUGCCUGAUGGUUCAUUUUCAACAAGACCAGCAUCCAAGGUCCCAUUGGGCCUAGCCCAUUUUUCCUUCUUCAUCCCUUUUCGCACAAUCGCCACUCAGAGAAAUGAACAUCCAAUUUCUUUGACUUAUACGAAGGGUGACUUUUUAAUCAAACAUUUUUUGUAAUAAUAGAAAUCCUUAACGAUAGAAUCUAACGGGAACUCAGAAUUUAGGUUUUCAGUCCAUGUACCACUUAACCGAUUCUUAUUUUACCGAAUUUUUUUUCGUGUGAACAUAAGUUAUUGCGUAAGUGGCCCUGAUUUAAACAGCACAAAUUAUUUUCAAAAUAAAUUCAUUAUCAACACUCCAAUAAUCGUUAGGCUUACUUUGUGGAGUUUACGUAAUUUCUGCACCUAAUUUUAGAGGCCUCUUGAAUUCUAUCAAAACUCCCUUAAAGCUUCACCCUCCACAUAUUUAUACUACACAUUGUGAAGUGUUCAUUUCUCUCAGUGCAAUUCGAAAACUUCAAGUCAAUAAGUCUCCUGUCUGAGGGGAAAAUGCACAAAUGUUUUAUAUACUAAGAAGUGAAGAAUUUUUCCCUUGUAUUCUUGGCCUCGAUCAGACUUCCUUAAACCCAUCCCCUCGUAAAAUUCGAAACUUCACCCUUGUCAUCUGUUUUUUAAGUAUAAGAAGAAAAUAUAAGAAAAUAAAAAAAA